AUCUCUGACUUUCAAAUAAAAAUUUAAAAAACAAAUCAUGAAAAAGCUGUAAGAAGAUUGAGUUCAUCACUGUCAAAAAAUUAUUAUGGGUGCUGGCACUGCAGUGUACCGGGUAAAAGCCACUGCCUGCAGUGUUGCCAUCCCAUAUGGGCACCAGUUCAAGUUCCGGCUGUUCCACUUCUGAUACAGCUCUCUGCUAUGGCCUGGGAAAGUAGUAGAAGAUGGUCCAAGUCCUUGGGACCCUGCACUUGCAUGGAUGACCUGGAAAAAGCUCAAGGCUCCUGGCUUCAGAUUGGUGCAGCUCCAGCUGUGGUAGGCAUCUGGGGAGGAACUGGUGGAUGGAAGACCUCUCUUUUUUCUCUGUCUCUGGCUCUCUAUAACUUUGCCUUUCAAAUAAACAAAUAAAUCUUUAAAAAAUUGUAUUUCACCAAAAUUUGUCUCUUUAAUUCAAUUAUUCUAAGAAUCUUAGAGUUACCCAUGUGCUAUUCACAAAACUGGUUGAACUGAAAAUAAUAAAAUGUGCUGAUUGCCUGCUUGUGUGCUUCCUUUUAUCAACACUGUUUUCUUUUCCAAUAGGAUUCCAUGAUAUGUAGAAACACAAAAUAUCACACGUGUCUCAGAAUUCCAUCUCAUGGGAUUCUCAGAAGAUCUACAACUGCAGUCCUUCCUCUUUGGGCUGUUCCUGUCCAUGUACCUGGUCACAGUGCUCGGGAACCUGCUCCUCAUCCUGGCCGUCAGCUCAGACUCCCACCUCCACACCCCCAUGUAUUUCUUCCUCGUCAACCUGUCCUUGGCUGAUGUGGGUUUCACCUCCACCACGGUUCCCAAGAUGAUUGUGGACAUCCACACUCACAGCACAGUCAUCUCCUAUGUGAGCUGCCUGACACAGUUGUCUCUCUUUCUCAUUUUUGCAUGCAUGGAUGAUUUGCUUCUGACCGUGAUGGCCUACGACCGGUUUGUCACCAUCUGUCACCCCUUGCAUUACCAGGCCAUCAUGAAUCUUGGCCACUGUAGCUUCUUAGUUUUGGCGUCCUUUGUGGCCAGCCUUUUGGAUUCUCUGUUGAAUAAUCUGAUGGUAUUAAAAGUUACCUGCUUCAAGCAAGUAGAAAUUUCUAAUUUCUUCUGUGACCCUUCUCAACUUCUCAGUCUUGCCUGCUCUGACUCCUUCACCAAUGACAUAGUCAGGUAUCUUGUUGGCAUCAUAUAUGGUUUUUUCCCUAUCUCAGGGAUCCUCUUCUCUUACUAUAAAAUCAUUUCUUCCAUUCUGAGAGUCCCAUCACCAGGUGGGAGGUACAGAGCCUUCUCCACCUGUGGCUCUCACCUGUUGGUCAUUUGCUUAUUCUAUGGAAGCUCCAUUGGGGUGUAUUUCAGUUCAGCUUUCUCGGUUUCUCCCGGAAAGGGUGCCUUGGCCUCAGUGGUGUACACUGUGGUCACUCCCAUGCUCAACCCCUUUAUCAGCCUGAGGAACAGGGACAUCAAGAGGGCCCUGUGGAGGCUCCUCAGGAAAACAGGCUCAUCUCAGUCCCUGCUCCAUGAGUCUGGACUCUUGGUGGGAGCUGCAGCAAAAUGAAGCUCUCGACCUAUAAAUCUCACUUUUCUCCAUACAUGAUGUGUGUGGCUGGUGCUCUGCAGAUUUUGUGUCUGGUUAUUUUUUCUUUUGGUCCUUUUAAUGAGGCAUAUUAUAGAUUUUUUAUAUAUUUUUCAUACAUAACCAGAGACUGGGAGGAAUGAAGCGAUAAAAGGCUUUUGGAGAAAAACUAAGAGAAGCUGUGUGUGGAUCCAUAAUUGUGACAAAGACAUUAAUGAACUAUUAAUACAGGAAAUGAUGAGGUGAGGGGUGUAGGGGAAUUCUUCGUAUGACUACCUCACAAUCUAUGUUGCAUAAAUUUAAACCUAUUCUGAAAUAAAAUGUUAAAAAUGUACAACUGUCAAUAAAACUUAUUUGAAAAAUUAAAAUAGCCACUGAUUCUUCUUGAUACCUGCUGAACACUCCACUGAAUAUCCCAAUAAAGGUAUGGUGUUCUUCAUCUUCUAUAUUUCUGCUCAUUUUUCCUUUUAGAGUUUAUGUCUCUGUAUUUUUAUUACCAUUUUGCUAGUUCAUCAUUUUCCUGAUUGCUUCUUUUUACGUUUCAUCUGUGUUAUCUGUUAGCAUACUGAUAAUCUUUAAGUGGUUAUUGUGAGUUUGCUGUGGGAUGAUGAAAUAUCUUCAUUCCUUUAGGAAGAUGUAGUACUUUAUCUCUGGAGAU